CCUCAACAACGGCACAAAUCCUCAGAAGCAGCCUCUCUAGAUCCUGUACCUCAGUUGCCUCUUCCCAGCACUUCUCAGCCAUGAUGCUUGUUAACAGUGUCUUGUAGGACUUGGAAGAAAACAAAACCCGCGCAGUGUGGGGAGUUCAGAUUUCAGACAACCUGCAUGUGUUGCUACAAAGAUCAGUAUCUCCAUGCAAGGAGUUUUGACUGAAAAGACUAAACAACAGUAAAGAAACACAGUGAGUGAAACUGUGAAAGCAACCAAUGCCAAAUUCUGCUGGUGUUGGAAAGAACGGAAGAGGAGUGUGAUUUGACUUUUGUUCCCAGCAGAAGAGACGUGCAGCAUCAAGUUUCCACCAUUUCGACAUCCUUUAAAAAAAAUACUUCUCUUCUGUCAAGAGUCAAAACAAUGUCGCCUUCAUUGGAUGGGUCAAUGAAGACUAGGAAGUAGGAAAACACCUAUUUUCUGAAAUUUAGAGCACAAGUGCCUUCUGAAGCUUUCAGCUAACCCUUCAAAGUCAUUGAGUCAGCAAAUUCCUAAGUUUUUCUAGUUUAGAGCACCAUCUAUCUGGUAAGAGGCUGGGAGGGUUUCCCGUUCGUUUGCGCUUCACAAUGGAGGCAAUCAUUUCUGCGGUUCUUGGUGAUCUUGUCGGCAGAGCUAUAUCCUUCGUGGUCGAGAAGCACCACGAGCAGACAACCGCUGAGGAUCUGCAGAGGCUGCGCAAGCUGCUUCUGAGGAUAAGUGCUGUUGUCGAGGAGGCCGAGGGGCGGCAUGUCACAAACCGGGGGAUGAUACAUCAGGCUAGCACGAUGAGAGAGCAAAUGUUCAAAGGGUACUACCUUCUCGAUGCCUUCAGGUGCAGAGAGAAGAAGACCGGUGACGAGGAGGUGAGUCGCUUCUUGUUUGCUGAAUCCAAUUUCAAUCCGGCUAAGCGUUUUCGCCGCCUUUCUAGCAACACUCAGAUUGAGAGCACGGUUAUUGUUAGAGUAAGCAGUCAGGAGCUUAAACAGGUUGUUCUUGGCCUAGAAAGCAUGGUUGUUGAUAUGAAUGAGUUUGCUAUAUUUCUGAUGAGCUACCCUCGCAUGUAUCGCCAACCCUAUGGCGCAUAUUUAUUUGUGGACAAGUAUAUGUUUGGCUGCCAAAUGGAGAGGGAACAAGCUAUCAGCUUCUUGCUACAAGCAGAGCCUCCGUAUGGAAAUGUGGGUGUCCUUCCAAUUGUUGGUUCUGCACUUGUUGGGAAGAGUACUCUUGUGGACCAUGUUUGCAAUGAUGAGCGUGUACAGAAUCACUUCUCCUUGAUCUUGCUCUACAUUGGAAACAACCUUCAAGAUGAAACGAUGACAACUUUUAGAGAUCAUUGCGUGAUCAAGCAUCAAAAUAUUUCCUUGGAUGAAGAGAAGUCGUUGGUAGUCAUUGAGCUCUUAGGGGACGUGGACAAAGGAGUAUGGAAGAGACUUCUGCACUCUUCUGAACGAUGCAUGCCACAUGGGAGCAAGAUCAUAAUCACUAGCCGAUCAGAGAAGGUGGCCAGUCUUGGAACAACGGAAGCCGUCAGGCUAAAUUAUUUGUCUAAAGAAGCUUACUGGUAUUUCUUCAGGAUGCUCGUGUUUGGUAGCACGGAUCCGGAGGAGCAACCAAAGCUAACAUCCAUAGCCAUGGAGAUAGCCCUAGAGAUGCGUGAAUCUUUCAUAUACGCAUAUGUUGUUGCUGCCUUACUGAGAGAAAAUUUUAGUGCUCGGUUCUGGUGCAGGGUUCUCAGACACCUUAGGGAGCACAGGCAGAAGAAUAUCUUGUUGUUAGGUGAAUGUCCUGUUGAUGAAGAACAGCCACGGUAUGUUUGGAGCAUGGCCAAAAGGCGGCAAGGUUCUGAGGAUAUUAAGUUCUAUCUGCAAGGGUGUCACCCUCAAAAAGGGCCUGUUUCUCAUGGCGAGAUUCCAAAGAUAACAGUGAUGAAUCUGCUAUCUGGCACCUGGAGUGCUAUGCCACGGGGAAAAUUUGAGGUCUUGUCCUGGAGGUCUCUCAUACCACCGUACUACAGCUACACAACUGUUUGCGAGUUUGUCCGGCACGAGAGUAGUACCACAGCAUAGAUGAAGAAGAGGAGUGCUCUUUGGCACCGUCGUGACACUGCUUUGAAUUACUGGUGGUUGUCUUCUUGUCUUUUGGACCAUGGUUCACCAGAUUGGUAGAUGCGACUUCCUUAAUUUGCUGGUGUAAAAGUUAGUGGUAUUUAAGUUGAUCUGGUUCUUGACUCGAGCUUAUAUGGAGUAUAUUGUAACUAGUACCUAAUUACCGGUUGUGCUUACUUGUAUGGAGCUAGGUGUUAGUACAUAUGUCUCCUUAAUUACCGGUUGAGCUUAUAUGGAGCCAGAUGUUUACAUAGGGCUCCUUAAUUGCCGGUUGUGCUUGUAACCACUUGUGUACUCUUCAUCUGAAUAAACAAGCCCUUGACUAAGUAGCUGAUAU